AAUUACCUCAUUUCGGCACCGUUUAAAAGCCUUGACGCUGUUUAAUUACCCGUCUUGUGUAUAUUUGCCCUCGAAACCUGUUCCAUUAUCCUUGCAGUAUCCUCUUGGGACACAGCGUUUCGCUAGAUCUCUUGGAAGGUAGUGCUCAGCUGGUUAAUCUUUCAAAUCGUUUAAAUCGCGAGUCGUGUUCCUUCAUCAUGAUAGUGACCUCACACAGUAACAUAAUCGCAUCAUUACAUCACAGCAUGAGCUAAGAUCGUCUGAAGUAUUUCACGGAUUUCUCAGAGGUUACUUGAAGGCCGAUCGAGUUGUAAGAUUAAUCGACCACUGGCGCGGUGCUAUUCAAAAUAAUCUUGUAUCGAAGGAGACAUGUCCUUUAAAUUCAAUAAAAAGGCCGUGGUAACUGGCGUGAGUUCCGUAGAGACAGAUAAGUUCCUGGUUUAUGCUCAAACAGUGAAGAGAGUCUCAUCAGAAAAUAGCUGUUCCCUUGACAAUAAUAUUUUUUGUGUCGACGUUGGGGCGGCGGCAUUAAAGAAACAAUCAAAAAAGGAACGAAAAUGGUCAGAAGAAGAACUGGAAAAUGCAAAAAUAACCCCAGGGGCAAUAAUAACAGUGAACGGCAAAGAGAGAUACGUCAAAACAGAGGUUGAGGUUAUAGAUCACUUGAGACUUCUCGGUUCUCAAGCUUUCCAACUAUUCUGUCCAGCUUUUGGGUCAGUUUCAGACAACGAGAUCUUCAACACCUCAUAUCCAACAGCUUCGAUUGACCAGGCGCGCCGGCUGGUGUGCGCAGAACAGCCUGUACCCAAUUUACGCUGGGUGCAGUGUAAAAAUGUCUCAUUAUCUUAUAAUCAAACCAUGGGCAUUAAAGAAGCCACCCUUUUGGCCGUCGACAUCGUCCAUAUGGAGCGCGCCGGAAAACUGGUCUCAACUUCGGUUCAACAAACUGUCACCGCUAAGCUUAACUGCAAAACAUUCCGAUCGAAAGUGGACCCUAAAUGUCCUGGCGCCUCUAGUUUUAGCCCCGCUCUUGCCUUGGUAAAGAUGGUGGACGAGGAUGUACCCGCCUCACAACCCCGAUCGUGGGCUGAGAUUGAAACUCUACUCCUUUAUUAACUUACUGACUUUUUGUCUCAGGGGGGAGGGGAGGGAGGUGCACACGUUGACAUGAAUACACGUUGGUGUACUUGAGGCUAUCUUGGUCCAGGGGUAGGAUACAUCAUGACAAAACUGGUGAAAAAAUGGUACAAGAAUUGGUACAGUUUAUCAUGAAUAUCUUAAAUUUUGUAAAAAAGGCAUCAUUGUUCUAAUUCUAAAUUUUUUUGGACAGUAUAACUUGCUUUCUUUGAUUUCCAUCUUAAUUUGUUUCAUUUUCCCAGUACAAUGAACGUCACUCAUUUUAUACUUAGCGAACAAUGGCGAAAGAGAUUAAGUAAUCAAAUAAAAUGGAAUUACCUAAAUUUUGACCCAUGUGUCCCUUUGUCAGGUUGAAAGGGGAUUCCCGCCUACAUACCAGGUUUAUUUACGCCGUUGAACCGUUGGGAGAGCAUAUUAAAGUGUUCACUUGAUGAACCAAGAAGGUUUGUACACACAAAUGGAAAUACCUCUUACUAACUGAGAUCGAAGUCCGUACUGUAAGUUACGGACUGAGUCUGUUUUUCGCUCGGAUUUAUCCUUAAAACUCCUAGCGCGAGAGCCAUAAAUCCGCGCGAAAAAAAUGAUGUUCCAUAACUUACAGUACGAACCGAGAAAAUGAGGUUAUUAAGAUAUUUAUUACAUCUGUGUUCGAAUGGAGGGGGAAGUUUUCAAUUCUAACAAAAUUUUGUAUUUAGUGGGCUGUACAUUGAUAUGUGACGCGCUAAAUUGACCAACCAUCAACUAACUAGGAGAUAUAAAAAGAUAGAAUUAUCUAUCGAUAAACCGCCAUGGAAAUGAAUUCUUAGAAAGCCUUCUUUAACAGCCGCAUCAAGUUAAGGGUACGCAAAUUGGAAUCUAAUUCCUACCCUAGUUGUAAGACAUUGGACUGAUCGUAAAAGGAUAAAGAAUAAUUAUUGAUUUAUUCGGCACGCAAUUUCAAAAUGAGGCCUGAAAUAUUUCUUUAUUCAUUAUUGAGAUUUAUUGCCAUCGACUUUGCCUCACCGACACUCUUCAGGCACACGGCCAAAAUCAGCUUGUGGCAAAUCUUCCAGUUGUCAAUUUUCGUUCUCAGCCGCAUGAAAUACCACUAACAAAGCCAAGUACAGUUGAACCUGUUUGGGGAUCACCAACGGGGAAUGGUGAUACGAAUUUUUCAGUCUUCUUAGCAGCUAUAAUCUGAUAAAAUUUGACAAACUACCUCGGACAAAAAAAUGGUAAACGCUUUGAACCUGAAUGAGUGGCGCGAAAGGCGGGUGACGUGUCAACAGCUGAUUGGCGAUAUCAAAGAAACUUCUCGUAAUUUUUCACGUGCGCUGGUAAGGCUUUUCUCGGGGCUAAAAAUGCUUGAAAAAACACCACACUAAAUAUGAUAAAAAAUUGUAACAAAGUCAAUUAUUCUAACAAUAUGCGAAUUUUUUAGAGCCAAACAAUUGAGUAAUACGUGCUCAUAUAAAAGUGGAAACCAGUCCGGCAGAAGACGAAGUCUAUCAAAAAUUCACCUCUAGGAAACAACUAUUUAACAAUGGACAUGUAUUAACGUUAAAUUGUAGAAGGCUAGUUGAUCACAUCUGAACAGGUAGCCGAAUUUUCCAAAAGUACAUCACUUCAUAUUUUCGUUUAUUGAACGAUUAUGAGUUGGUUACAUAUUGUUUUUCUAUUUGUUCCGCUGUAUUACUGGAUUGAGUGUUUGAACCCACCCACUUUAAACAAGGGCGGAUAUUCAGACCUCAAAGCUGUGGCCAAAGUGCUCAGUGCCUCAGUGCUUUCCUCAGGAACCAUACAUUGCCUACAGAAUGGCGUAAGGAGUUCUGAGGGAUUGGCAAUUAAAGUUGCCAAUGAUGACGACGAAAUGCCUCAGCAAAUUUUGCAACAAGAAAAAAUUCUUUUAUUCUUUAACACUGAGUAGUUGGGUGGUGUUUUAGACUCUUUAAGUUGAACUCAUGUUUGAAACUGGAGACUUUUGAUACGACAUCGAGAUCCUCUCAUUUCAUCUUAGGGUGAGAGAAUGCGGUUUUAAUCGCUUUCCCAAGUGAAUAGAAAAAUCAAUACUCAACCACCUCUUCGAAUCGUUCGAAAAAUUGAAAACAAAAC